UGAAGAUUUGUUAAACAGUCCGUACAUCGCAUGGCUGAUAGCUAGCAAGAAACCCAAUCUAGACAGGCUAGCGGGGUGGACAUUUUCAACCGUCUCUGAACAGGUCGGGCUGUUUAGAAAAGCGGUGAUCCCGCGUCAGUAAACCGACUCAAACCGCUGUCACCACUCUCCGUCUCCAGACUUGUCAUUGCUAGGUUAUCUAACUAGCCGAAAGCGACGUUGCUCUUUGAAAAUGGCGGAUGUAACAGAGAAGAGUCUGGACGAUUUCUUUGCCAAGAGGGAUAAAAAGAAGAAGAAAGAAAAGGGAAAACCCAAGGACUCCGCCGCCGGGCCGGUACCAGUCGUAGUAAAAAAAACCAAGAGGGAAAAGGAGAAGUAUGUGAAGAACGAGAAUCAGGACGCUCAGAUUGAGAAGGAGGAUGAGGAGUGGAAGGAAUUUGAGCAGAGGGAAGUGGACUACAGUGGGCUUCGGCUGCAAGCUUUACAGAUCAGUGAUGAGAAGGAAGAAGAAGAGUAUGAGAAAGAGGAGGUUGGUGAGGAUGGAGAGAUAAUUCUUGUCAGUGGAGACAAAGUGUCUGGGCCCUGGAACAAAUCUGGCUCUGCACCUGCCCCUGCUCCACCUGUAGAGGAACCUGAGGUACCUGAGGCCAAACCAACUGGUGUAUAUCGCCCCCCUGGGGCCCGGCUGACUACCACUAAACGAGGCCCUGCCCAAGGUCCCCCUGAAAUCUACAGUGACACACAGUUCCCCUCUCUGUUGGCCACCGCCAAGCAUGUGGAAACACGCAAGGACAGAGAAAUGGAGAAGACCUUUGAGGUGGUGAAACACAAGAACCGCGGCCGAGAAGAAACCAGUGGUGCUUCUAUGCAGCAUUUGCAGCUUGACAACCAGUAUGCCAUCUUGGGGGAUAAGUAGACCAUGUCUCCCUGGCCCCUCCAGCGUGGUCCUGCCCAGCCCCUCAGCAGCAAAGCUGAACUCCAGCUGCGUGGACUGCAGUCCUGACAAAUCUCUUGCUGCCACCAUCUCCACACUUUUUUCUCUCUUGCUCUCUCGCUCUCUCUCUAUCUCUCUCUUUGUCUCUGUCUCUCUCUCUCUCUGUCUCUCUCUCUGUCUCUCUCUCUCUCUCUCUCUCUCUGUCUCUCUCACUCACUCACUCACUCACAUAUACAUACACACACACACACACACACACACACACACACACACACACACACACACACACACACACACAAUCUUCAUCUUCUCUAUAGAAAUACCACUACAGCACAUACAAUGACACUCCCAUCAUCUAGAUAACUGAUACAUGACAUACACAAGCACUUGGUUGGCAAAACUGAGCGACUGCAUCUGAAGGGGCUGUUGCAACAGGGAGUGAUUGAAAAGGAUAUGGCAAAACUACAUGAUACACCCAUAUGUACGACACUGCAGCAACAAAAAAAAUGACAACAGAGUUGCCAUUUGUGGAUUUUACUCAGAGCAGCAGUUGUGUGUUGCAACUUCUCUCCGGACUUCAACUUGCUUUGAUAAAGCCACAGAGGAUCGACAAUGACCUUAGGCAAGAUGAUUUAACGAACUUCUGUUAAGAAAAAAAUAUAUAUUUUUUUUGCUAGAUCGAUAUAACCCGAUCGCACAUUGUAUUUUGGGGGUGUGUUUGAGGUGCGGUUUGGUCACAAGAGGGGGAGACUACCUCAGCGUCAUAGCUGUGGUGACUAUGUGGACAGAGACUUGAGCUUCUCACUGUGGUGGUGAACGGGGCGCAAACACCAAAUCCCCCCAAAUCAAAAUGACCGCUGGCCUCUUUAAUUUAGAAACUUGAAGUUUUUUUUCUUUUAUUUCCAUUAUGAUGAGACUGCAAAGAUCUAUGAACGAGUGAAAGGUGGUCCUCAUUUAGAAAUACUAUUUAAAGUGGCCUUACUGUUAGAGAGCGUCUGCUUUGUCAUCCAGAGAGAAACAUGCUUGUCAUCUCAUGGGCUGUUCCCUGCCUCUGGAUCUGACCACUUUGGGGAAAAAAUUCUUCUGUUUCAAGAAUGUAGUGUUGUAGUUUGCUUGAUAAUUACAGCUACUAACUGUCCUUCAUAUCCACUGUUCCAUUCUGCUACCCUUAUUUCAUCUUGGUUUCUCAAACAUCAGCAAAAGUGUAGUUUUUUCCCCUUCUAAUCCAAAGUUGUUCCUUUGAUGACUGACUUUCUCAAAUUCUGUCAAGUUAAGCUUUGUCAAAACAUCUUGAUAAUGUCUUUGCCCUUUUGUGCGUCCACUGUGAAAAUAGAAAAUGUUUUUUGAUGUUUCAACAAGAAGUGCACAAUCUGUAGUAAUUGACACAGAGAACAGAUUGCUUUUUACCAUUGGUACUUUUUACACCAUUUUAGGCCCUUGCAUUACAGUGCAAUUAACCCUGCAAAAACAAUCCCACAGCUUCUGUUAAAUGGCAGUCAUCCACAGUUUUAAAGACAUGUUUUAUCAAGGCAAGCAUUUCCACGCCCUCUUUUGAAAUUGACAACUUGUGCGUAAUUUUGGUUCCAUAGUUUCAGUGUCUGUCCUUCUUUGAUUAGGCCUACACAUUGCCAUCAAACCAGCAGACCAUCAUCCUCUCAUAAAACAAUGGAUCACCAGGUCAAUGGGCUUGUAGAACUGUGGUUAAGAUUAAAUAAAACAGAUUUGUUGUGUUUUGUUCCCAACCAUAAAAGAUGUCAGGGAGCACUGUGCCCUUCCAGAUAACUUGGUACACGUAAUCAUUACAUGUCUGAUCAGAAGAGUUAAUUGGAAAGAAGUAAAAAAAAAACCCAAAAUAAAUAAAGUGACCCUUGUGAUUGAUGUCUCAUCU